CUCUAAAAUCUCACCAGAAGGAACAUAGAUAAUUGUUCUAAUGUAAUGACCACCCAGAAACAGUGUUGCAUAUUUUUGGGCAUUGUAUUCAUGUAAGAAAACUGUGGCAAGACAUCAGUAGAUUUAUAAUUGAACACAUUUAUGAAGAUCUUACACUAUUAUGGAGAGAUGUACUGCUUGGAUUCUUAACCUACGAUAGAAAUAAGAUGAAACCUUUUAUGUAAUUAAUUUAAUUAUUCUUUUGGACAAAUUUCAUAUUCACAAAUGUAAAUUUACAAACAAAACACCACAUUUUCUUAACGUCAAAAAGAAAUUGAACUAUUUUAAGACAAUUAAAUACUCUACUAACAAAAAAGCUGUUAGAAUAAUAAGUGUUUGUAUGUCCCUUAAGGUCCUUGUGUAAUGUGAUAGCCCAAUUGUCCUUUGUAUAUUAUGUAAAUAUACUUGUUCCCACAUGUACGUCCUGUAUUGAUUUGUUGUUCAUAAAAAAAAAAAAGUAAGUCUCGAACAAAUGACUUCCUGUACAGCUGUGUUUGGUCCGUCAAAAAUCCAAAGAUCCCAAUUUAAGUUCCACUACGUUAGCUCCGAGAAUAUGCCGUGGUGCAGAUCAGCGACAUCUGAAAAGCUUAUUCGGGAGUUCCUGUACUCUGGUACCAUUGUCAGGAAUAAAAUUAUGAAAAACUGGGGAGUCAUUGGUGGAAUAGCGGCUGCCAUGGCUGCUGGAGUAUAUGUUCUAUGGGGUCCAAUUACAGACAGCAAGAAAAGGAAGAAAGGCAUGGUACCAGGCCUGCUGAACCUGGGAAACACCUGCUUCAUGAACUCUCUGCUCCAGGGCCUGGCAGCCUGCCCUUCCUUCGUCAAGUGGCUGGAGGAGUUCACUAGCCGCAAAGGUGUGUCAAAGGGCGAGCCAGAGAAGGACCCCAAACUUUCCACAACUCUCCUGCAGCUUCUCCAAGCACUGUCAAACGACAACACUGGGGAGGAGGAUGUGCUGGAUGCAGGGCGUCUGCUGGAGGUCCUCAGACUCUACAGGUGGCACAUCAGUUCCUUUGAGGAACAGGAUGCCCAUGAGCUCUUCCAUGUCCUCACCUCUUCCUUGGAGGAGGAGCGAGACCGACAGCCCAAAGUCACCCAUCUCUUUGACAUUCAGUCCCUUGAGAGUCUCCCAGAUAUAGAUGAUAAGACCUUAAGCUGCAAGAGUCGAGGCCCUCUUCAUCCUUUACGAAGUCCUUGGAAGUUUCCACAUCCUUUCCAUGGCCGCCUAACAAGCAAUAUGGCUUGCAAGCGUUGCGAACAACAGAGUCCAGUGCGAUAUGACUCUUUCGACAGCCUCUCCUUAUCCAUCCCUUCGCCGCAAUGGGGCUGGCCUAUCUCUCUGGAUCACUGUCUCCAGCAUUUCAUCUCUUCAGAGACCAUUAAAGAGGUGGAGUGUGAAAACUGCACCAAGCUUCAACAAGGCACCUUGGUGAAUGGGCAUGUCCUGGAAAGCCAGAGGACAACCUUCAUCAAACAGCUUAAACUGGGAAAGCUCCCACAGUGUCUCUGUAUUCACCUGCAGAGACUGACAUGGUCUAAUGAGGGUACGCCCAUAAAGAGACAGGAACAUGUCCAGAUCUCAGAGUACCUGUCUAUGGACCACUACAAACACCGCGCAACCAUUCAGAGGCUCCAGGUCAUCAACUGUACUCCCAAAACCAUUAAAGCAGACAAUUCAGGAGAGGCUGCAGAUAAGACCCCUCCCAAUGGCAAAGAUAUAGAACACCAUAACAACAACAAGCCUCUGUCCAAUGGAAGCUGUUCGUCUGUCUUUCUCCAUUCUCCUGGGUUGAACCCACAGGUCAACCUCACAUAUGACUACAGCUCCUCAGAAUACCACUUUCAACUGAUGGCUGUGUUGGUUCACCAUGGUGACAUGAACUCAGGACACUUUGUCACUUACCGCCGCUGCCCUCCCUCGCCCCACAGCCCCUCUCCAUUCAGCUCCCAGUGGCUGUGGGUUUCUGAUGACUCUGUACGCAAGGCCAGUCUGCAGGAGGUGCUGUCCUCCAACGCCUACCUACUCUUCUAUGAGCGGGUGAGACGGCUCCGUCUACUGUUGGAGGAGUAGAGCCCCGGAGCACUGAGCCAGACUGGACACCUACUCCCCUGCCAACCCAUACCACCACAGCCAUGUGUGCCACAGAAAACACCCCUCAGAAGUGUAAUUCUCCAGCCCCAAUGGCUUACCUGUAGGAUUGUGCUUUAACAGUACAAAAGAUUAUGCUGCUCUACUUUGACCUCCUGUCAUAUUAAAAUCAUGAAUGUCCCCCUCGUCUUUUACAGCGAUUUAGGAGGCACUGCCUUUUAGAUCCCAGAGAUUGCCUACCUGUAGGAAUAAUUGGACUGUUCUCAAAAACAUCUCAGAAAACUGGUAGUCGUUUCACAAAAGAUUUGCGUUACUUCAACCAAGAUGUUUUAGGCUAAAUGGGUGUUACUAGAUUAGGAAAUGUGGAGGUACUUGACAUGUAAUCACUGUCUUCAGCCAUUUGUCUGGAAAUAAUCACUCAAUAUAUCUUAAUGUAGGUUUAAUUAAAAUAAUGCAAUGUUUCAAUUGACAUUGUAUAUAAGCUGCUGUAUAUUACAUUUUUCUAUGUGUGUAACAAAUUCAGAAUACUGUAAUAACGUGCAGGUGGUUUGGAUUGUAGUCUAGCUCCACAUGCCUGCAGACCAUUUACUUUCAUGUAGAAUCAUUUCUGCAGUUGCUUGUUGCACAAGAUCUCAUUGUAUCAAGCUAAUGUGUAUAUUGUUAUUUUUGUUCCUAAAUGAUAUUGAAGCAACAUGAUAGUUUUACAACUCUUUUCUAGAGCAACGGAAUUGGAAUUGAUAGCAAUGUAACAAAUUUAUCCCAAAUAUUGUCUGAUUUGCCAAAGUGUUUAAAGUUGUGGUGGCAGUGUACAACUACACAAUCUGUGUGUAUUGCUCAACAAGCAUACCAGUUAUAAAUACUGCCAUUUACUCACUCUCCUCCAAGUAUUGAAUUAGGAUGCAACCUCUAAAUAACCCUCUAACCCAUUUUCUGAUCAAUUUGCACUAAUGUAUAUUUUGAAGAUUUGUGUGUGUGAGAUCUGUCAAGAAGUUGAUAUUUUUCAAAGAUACAAUUAUGAAAAUAAAAAAUCUAUAA